CUCUUCUACUCACCGCUCCGUUUUUUCCCGCUGUUCCCCACUUGCGUCAUGACUUCUAGCUAUGCACAUGUAAUGGACAGGCAAGCGACGAUAUCAAACCGCCUGGAGAGUCCGAUCACGUCUAACCUGGACAACCUGCAAGCCAAAAAGAACUUCUCGGUCAGCCACCUGUUGGAUCUGGAAGAGGCCGGGGAAAUGGUCGGCACCCAGGCGGACGAGAGUGUCGGGGAGGCGGGGAGGAGUAUGCUGGAGUCGCCGGGGCUGACCAGCGGGAGCGACACGACCCAGCAGGAGAAUGAACAGAUGAACACGGAGGAGAAAAAGAAGAGGAAGCAGCGCAGGAACAGGACCACCUUCAACAGCAGCCAGCUCCAGGCCCUGGAGAGAGUGUUCGAGAGGACACACUACCCCGACGCCUUCGUCAGGGAGGACCUCGCCCGCCGGGUCAACCUCACCGAGGCCAGAGUCCAGGUUUGGUUCCAGAACCGGAGAGCUAAGUUCCGCAGGAACGAGCGCGCCAUGCUGGCCAGCAAGAACGCCUCGCUCCUCAAAUCUUACUCAGGAGACGUGACGGCGGUGGAGCAGCCGAUUGUACCGCGCCCUGCGCCACGCCCUAACGACUACCUGUCCUGGGGCAGCGCCGCCCCCUACAGCUGGUAUCCGAUGCCGGAGGGGGGGCCAGUGCGAGUACCACAGAAAAUGCUGCCCUCAGAGAACAACGCCAUGGCCACCUACCCGCCCACCUGCUCCAACACCAACACGUCCCAGGGAAUGAACAUGGCCAACAGCAUCGCCAACCUGCGGCUCAAAGCCAAGGAAUACAGCUUGAACCAGGUGCCCACGGUCAACUGA